AUGGCUGCAGCGCGUAGGCAGCAGCUGCGAGCGAACGAAGAGCAGCAACAGCAGCAGCAGCAGCAGCAGCAGCAGCAGCAGCAAGGACACACACACAACAGCAGCAACAGCAGCAGCAGCAGCAGCAGCAGCAAGCAUAGCGGCUGGAGCUGGAGCCGCAGCAAUAGCUGCCGCAGAUGCUGCAGCAGCAGCAGCAGCAACGACGUCUCCCUGACACGCAGAAAGCAGCACAAGGUGUUGCAGAUGCGGCAGCCACUCCUAGAGGGCCAUAACAGCAGCAGCAGCAGCAGCAGCAGCAGCAGCAGCAGCAGCAUCGGUAGCAGCAGCAGCUGUAACGGGUGCAGCAGCAGCAGCAGCAGCAGCACUAGCUGCAGGGAGACAUGGGGUCAUAAUAAUUCUCCUGAGGAGGAGAAACUAGCAGCAGCAGCAGCAGCAGCUGCUGCUGCUGCUGCAGCAAUUCCAGUAUCUCCUCUCCCUGCUGCGCUGCUGCAGCAAGAAGCUCUAGCUGCUCUUCGUGGUGAUGCAGAUGGACGAACGCACAGUGGCUAUCUCCAGCUACCGGGGGGCCAUGCCGAUUGGACGGAUUUCCCUGCUGCUUUCCUGCGGCACCAGCAGCAGCAGCAGCAGCAGCAGCAGCAGCAGCAGCAGCAGCAGCAGCAGCAGCAGAGGCCGGAGCGGGAGCAGCAAAGCCGAGAUAUUUAUGCACAUCAUCAGGUUAAAGGAACAGGAAGAGAGAAAGAAGAGAAACAGCAGCAGCAGCAGCAGCAGCAGCAGAAUCAUCAGGUUAAAGGAACAGGAAGAGAGAAAGAAGAGAAACAGCAGCAGCAGCAGCAGCAGCAGCAGCAGUUUCUUACAUUCUGUGGCUAUACACUCGACCUGCAGCGUAUACAGCAGGCUGUUGCUGCUGCUAUAGAGAAGCGGGUGCAGCAGCAGCACGAGCUGCAGCCACAGCUGCAGCAAGAACAACUGCUGCAGCAGCAACUCUUGCUGCAGGAGUGGGCGCGUGUUGCUGCAGCAAGAGAGCUGCGGGAGGAGACGGGGAUCGACAUACAAAGCGAUCCCGGCCUGCUGCUGCCGCUGCCUCCUAUAUACGGCAAGCGUGUUGCUUCUUUUUUCUUUUUGCUGCAGCUGCCUUCUGACAUUUCAUCUGCUGCUGCUGCAGCGCCUGCUGCAGCGCCUGCUGCAGCGCCUGCUGCAGCGCCUGCUGCAGCAGCAGCAGAUGAUGAUGUUUCUGGGGGCCCCUAUGUUACACAGGGGCCCCUGGGGGCCCCAACACAGCACACAGUGAUGCUGCGCAUAGACCAAAGGGAACAUACUGGGUUUGUGCUGCAACCAGAUUUACAUAAAGCUGCUGAAGACGUUCAGCUCCACUCAGGCGGCAGACCCAGCAAGGCGGUCCUGCAGCUCUUGACGUUCAUGAAAAAGGAGAGAUAA